AUGCAGCUUCAGAUCGCUCGCACGUCGUCUGUGAGCGUGUACAAGGCUGUCAUGGUGAACCUUUUAGCGAGUCUCCUCCAGAGUGUGAAAGCACAUUACGAGAUGACAGAUAUCGACCUGGUGUACAUCACCUCCGCCAAGUUGACCGGCCGCUUACAGAAGUUGAGAAAGCUGAUUCCCGGACGCUCCUUCGAUCUCUACACCAAGUCAGCCCAAACGCUUCUAGACCAGGCACGAUCAUCGAUGGUCGCUAGGAUCGACCGCGUAACGAACACCGCAGGUAGUCGUAUAGAUAUGGCAGUGCUCGCCGAUCUCCAGCCCGACAACGAGCUUGACAUCCAUCUCCCGGCGAUGGACGACUUCGUUUCGAAAAUCUCUGGUAGAACACGUCGAACUGGUGUGUCAAAUUUUCGACCGACUUCAAAAUGUCUGGUAUGUCCCGAGCAUGAGCUGCCCACCAGCUUCAGCGGCUCAGGAGAAUACACGUACUUCUACUUGGCGACAGUGGAGAGAUGGGUCGAAGACCACCUUUCCUCUUGGACUGAACGACACAUGUCCGAUGACACAUCCUGUGGGAAGCUACGACAGCUUUUGCAAGAAGUCAGCUGGGGCGGCUGUCGGUCGCUGAGGCCUAUCUGCAAUGCCGCCGAAGAGAUACGAGGGCUGAUGCUCCAUCCCUCUACCGCGACUUUGGUUUUCCAUGUUCCUUCGCAGUAA